GCAGGCCAUCAUGUACACUUUCCAGAGGAUAUCAGUGCCAACACAGAAAUUCAAAUACAGAUGAAAGGAGACUCGAUAGCCAAUGUUCACUUAGGCUUCCUCCAACACAAACACAAGUAUCAGAUACAAUUAAACCUUCCAAUUUCACCCAGGUCUACUUCGCUGACACCUAUAAUCAAUACACCUUUCAUAGCAGUAGGCAAUGUUAACAGUCCAGGUAAGUUUGUUGUGAUUAUUCUUUUUGGAACAUUUUUUUCCAGUUUUAUUGCAUGACUUAAUUCCAUCUGGUCACUACUGAAACAAAGCAACAUGACGGGUUAGUUACAAUUUAGUCUUUUCAACCUCAAGAAUGACCAGCAUUCAAUUUCUUCUUAUAGUAAUAGCGUCAAAUCAUUCCUAAAGGUCAUGAGAAUAGGGGAAAUAAUCGCCAACCGAAGAAGCUUUGAUUGUUAGACAAAUUCUCCUUGUCAGUACCAAAGGAAAUGUAAGAAGAGUAUUGAGAAUAUGGAUACAGUCAAACCCUGCUUAUCCAAGUUUUAUGAUUAUCCGGACUUGCUUCUCUGGUACCAUUACCUACAAGCAUUUAUAUUCAUACUUAAGAUUAUUCUUUGAAUGUAUGUUGGAUAGGAGAUGGUAUAUAGCCAAAGAGGCACAAAUAGAGUGAGUGUUUUAUUAAAUUUCAUUAAAUCCUAAAGGUCUGAAUAUUUAGAGCUUUUUUCAGCUCAGCAACAGUUGUCACAAUGCACUUCCAUAUAAGAAUAUGAGUUGAUAGCCAGAACUGAGAGAAUCAAUCAGAACAUUCAGAGUUGGAAAUUCAAUAAUUUUGAUCAUUCAGAUUCUCGAUUGUGCAAACUAUUAAGCCUAGUCCCAUGAGUCUGGAAAAUCAAGGUUCUUAGACACAAAAAGGGUUAAAAAAAUUUUGUUAUUGUUAAAUCUUUAGGAGAUGACAAAUGUCAUGAGGUCACACUGGAGCUUGAUGCACACAAAGAAGGUCUUCUCAGAGACAAAUUUGUGCUAAAAAAUGAAGCUGGAGAAGAAUUUGUUAUUGUACUUCAUGCACGGGUUCUUGGAUCUCACAAAGGAACUCCAAUGCUGAAGGAGGGUAUACACUGCAUACACCAUGCAAAAGACGAGGAGGAGGAUCACAGUGAUUGGCAGGGCUUUGAUUGA